GGAUCGCCCCGUGGCCAGAGCCCGCGGGCAAGCCCUCGGCGCAGCUGAUGGUGCCACCGCGGUCCCGGCUCUGCCGCAGCGCCCGCGGAGACACGCCUUGACCGUUGCCCAGGGACCAAACCCCCGGGAGAAGGGGUGAGGAGCAUCGCUCCCCACCCCGGGGUGCAGGAGCGGGGCCCCGGCGGUGCACAGCCCCGGCCGGCGGCACGGCGCGGUGCGGCACAGCACGGCCCUAAGCAUGACAGAAGAGGUCCCAGCAGCUUCCACCAUGCCCGAGUGCAACGGGAGCGUACCCCCGGAGAAGGGCCCACUCCAGGUCAUCGGCGUCAUUGAUGAAAUAGCCAAAUCUGUCGGGACGGUUCCUUAUGCAAACGCAGAAACGAGCCCCGACCCUCCACCUGCACAGGAAAAUCAGGAGGAAAAUAGAAAUUUGUUGGCAGAGGACAUAGUUCAUGGGGAUUGUGAUGGAGAGAAGCAACACAAAGAAAAGCCAGAGGAGAACGGUGGGACGCUACAGCAGGGACCAGCUGAUGGCCAGGACACGGGGACUGACGGCCAGGGAUCGGAGGAAGGGCCUGGCAGCGAGGGGACGCCUGCGGGCAGCGGGGGGACGGGGGCGGCCAGCGCCGGCGGGGACACGGCGGGGACACUCGCAGCCAGCGCCGACGGGAGAGGGAACGCGGCCGAGGAGGAGGAGGAGGCGGAGGAGGAGGAGGAGGACACCGAAGAGGAUGAAGUUCAGGUGAUCGAACUGAAGAAGGAGAACGGCGAGGCGUCCCGUCUGCAGCAGCAAGGCAGCGGCAAGGAGCCGUCCCCCCCCUCCAGCCCCGGCUGCAACUCCCAGGCGGAGAAACCCGGGGAGCAGCCCAGCCUGGGGAAAAAAAAUGAUAUCUCCAGACACAGCUAUUCCAGAUACAACACAAUUUCCUACCGGAGGAUUAGAAAAGGAAACACCAAACAACGAAUCGAUGAAUUUGAAUCCAUGAUGCACUUAUAAACUGAAGUGGAGAAUUGCUUAGCGAGCCGAGCGUUCACUCUGGUUUUUGGUUUUUCUUUUUUGUUUCCCCCAAAACAUGUCUCUUCACACACGAGGUUGCUGCUUUUUUCGGUUUUGUAUAUGAUUUCAUAAUACACUGUGAAAAUUUAACAUCUUUGCUUUGACAGCGGGCAGAGGCAUCCAUAGCGCAGGAAAAUAAAUAAUCAGUUUGCUAAAUAUAA